AUGCCGCCAAGGAUAUCAUCUUCGGCGGUCACGCCGUCGACGUCUUCAAUACUGCAAAUAUGUAACGUGGCUUUCAAGGCACCGCAGCAGCAACAGAUCACUGCGACUUUCUCCACCACCACCAGUCGCGCCUACACCCCGAAGGCUAGGAGGCUGUUCUGGAAGUGGCUCACGAAGCAAGGCACCCAGUUCAAGAGACCAUCGGAGAAGGGCACCAACUAUGUCUCUGGAAAAAGCCACCCUUUCCCGUUGAACACGCAAUUCCGCAGUACUCCCAUCCUGGACGACCGAGCUCGCGAGUUGAUAUGGCAAAAGAUCAUCCAAAAGGGGGAGACCAUCAAGGCCGUCUCGGCAGAACUUGGUGUCGACAUCAACAGAGUUGCUGCUGUUGUGAGGUUAAAAGAGGUCGAGAAGGACAUGAUAGCAAAGGGCAAGCAGCUCGCGCUUCCAUACGCCAAAGCAAUUCAGUCUAUGCUCCCUACCAAGAGCUUCCGAUCGGAUCAACAGAAUGAUCCCCUCGAGAACAUCAACGAACUUCACAUCCACCCACACACGAUGAAGCAGCUCUACUGGCCCACGUCUGAAUCGAGACAGUUCACGCGAGAGGACGCCGCCAAGGCCUUCCACCGCAAGAUGCUUUCUGCAGACGAGCGCGUGCCACAUCCCGAGCUGGUACAGAUGGAGAGGGAUUUGUUGCAAGGCAAGAACCCCUCGGAGGCAAAGACUCGCUUCACUGAAUCUGCGAGGGAGUCUGAGCGGAAGGCUGCCGAGGAACGAAUCAAACAGGUCCAGCAAGAAGAGGCCGCCAUGACCAGGAUCAACACGAAGCGUUUCGAGUUCAGAUUCAAGGAGAUCAACGCCGAGGAUGUUGGUUCCGACGGCCGGAAGAUCACCGCUGUCGGUGCGAGAUACGGCAGACCCUCAUACGACCGCGUCAAGGGUGCUGUCAAGAUCCCCACCAGUGUUCCCUGA